AUGAGGCCCCAUGCGCGCAACCCAACCGCGCUUAAAGCGGGCCCCGGUAAUCCCACGCCAGGUAGCAACGAAAGACAAGAAACUCGUGGGAACUAUUUACCUUUGGUAUCCCAGACGCCUCUCUCUCAUCAUCAAGGACCCAUGACAGCUCGGGACCACGGGCCUCCAGGUAGUGGAAGCAAUCCUGGAAUGGGCCGCUCUAGAUUCAGACAUGAGCCCAAUCAUCAAUCUAGAGCUGUUGAUUCUACUAUUGGACGGGCUGAUGUGGGGACCAUUGUUCCAAAUCACUCAGAACCAAUACUUUUUUCUCUUAAGACGAGAGAAGAACGCAUUGCUUAUAACAAAGCACGAACCCAGGAGGAGUCUGAAAGGAUCAGGGCUAGACGUCAAGCGGAGCGUGAGAAACUCAGGGAAAUCAGACAACGGGAGUUUCUUAAUUAUAACACCACGAAUAGCACCAGUGGAGGUAACACGCCCACGCCUCUCACCGGCCCCACAACAAACUCACCCGGUUCUCCUGGAGGCAGCAGCAGCAGCAGCAGCAGCUACCAAGGCAAUCGACGUUCCCCCUCUCCGUCAUCUCCACUGCCACAACCCCCCCCACCCCCAAGACAAGCUCAGGGACCAAUCUAUUGGGGGGAAUGGAGCACUCGUCCGGAAAUCCAUAUACGACUAGCGGGACUACCUAUGCAGUAUAAAACUAUAGACGUAUAUGAAACAUUCAAACAAUUUGGAGUGAUUGAAGCAAUAAAGCUCUUUGAGAAUACACAUGGCACCAGGGAUGGGGGCGGGGAAGUCAAGUUUAGUCAGCUUUAUAAGCCAGACCCAUUUUGGACCGCACCUGUAUCAUACCUGUGGAAAGGAGUCAUGGAAGUGAUGACGGCAAGGCUGCUUCCUCUUCCUCAGCAUAAAUUCAAAGUAGCCAGUGAAGUAAAUAGGAACAUAGAGUAUUCCGACAGAUUUAUCUUUAAACCCAAGCAACUAGACUUUGGACUCAUGGUUGAGGAAAAUGUUUUUAUGGGCAUGCACACAAUACAUAAUGUAGCAGAAGAUAUUGUCUUUGAGGUUAACUUGUUCCGCAAGCAAAUUGAUGUCAAGUUCAAAAUCUACCAUGCCAAAGAAGACGAUUCCCUAGAGUCUGGAGAGUCAAUUACCAGUCAGGAUGAGAGGGUAGCAGAGCCUGCCAAGGAUAGAUGGGAAAGUUACCGUUUCCAGAUUCCAUUUUCUCAACUUGGCCAGAUCUUGGAAUAUGGUCCCAGGAUUUCAGAAGAAAGCAGGGCUUUACUUAUUUCCCUUCCGUCGCCUCCAUUGUUCUGGAGAGAGUUAUUCAAUGUUGCACUGUCGCAUGAUCCUAAAGCAAGCUACUGGAGUAGCUUUGACAAAUGGUUUCGGCAGACGGGCAUCGCUUUCGACCAAGUUGAUAGAUCAACGUCGCCGGUUUCCUUAAGACAAAAGAAUCCGAUCAUUGACACAGGUCGGUGGACAACAUACCGCUUCCAAUUCGGCUUAGAGCAAGGCCAAAUUAGUCGCUUUGGGGAAAUGCUCUUGGCUCUGAGAGAUUUCAAUAUCAAAACCGAAGUGGUUGACGACCUCAAAACUACCAUGAAGAGGCUAACCCCUAUAUGGGACACCAUUGAUGCGAAAUCUACCAAUUCUUAUUAUGGUGGUCUUUUGGCAGCACUACGACCGCUUCUCCCAUAUCCCACUCGUUACCAACUAGAAGUCUGUAUUUCUCGGAAUUUCUUGAACGAGUAUAACAUUACGACUGAGUUUAUCGAUAAGCUACUUAGCAUGAAUUCCGAUAGGGCAGUACGUUUAUUAGAGCAUGUUGCAGAAAAUGAAAAGCGACGCUUUUAUGACCCCAUGGAUAUCUUCAAUCUCACCGUAAAGGGAGGCACAGCAGCCCUUCUCAAAAAGCUCAAAAAGCUCGAGGGUGAUUACCAGCGGGUGAGAAAAGCCAGCGUCACACCGUCCACGGUUUACUACGCCACGCCCACUGUUGAAACCACCAACAGGGUUAUAAGGCACUAUCGUCAUUACUCUGAUAGAUUUUUGAGGGUACAAUUUGUGGAUGAGUUCAAGGCUCGGAUCAAUUCAACAAACAAAAAUUCCAUGAACGAAGUCUUUACACGGAUAAUGACAGCCUUGGCACACGGCAUAACUAUUGGUGGAGAGCACUUUGAGUUUCUUGCCUUUGGAAACUCGCAAAUUCGUGAGCAUGGCGCAUAUUUUUUCGCCUCAGAUGAACAUGUCUCAGUAAAGGAUAUCCGCAAAUGGAUGGGGGAAUUCAAGUCAAUCAGGAUUGUUGCCAAGCAUGCUGCUAGGCUCGGACAAUGUUUUUCUACCACUCGUGCUAUCCGUGGUGUUCAGGCCGACGUUGUGGAUAUCCCUGAUAUUGAGUACCCCGAUAAUGAGUACAAUUUCUCGGAUGGUGUUGGUAAAAUCUCAGAGUUUCUCGCAAGCCUCAUUUCCAUGGAGCUCAAGUUACCAAGGGACCAGCCUCCACCAUCAUGCUUUCAAUUCCGGCUUGGUGGUUGUAAGGGGGUUUUGACUGUAUGGCCUGAUGCUAAACAGAGGGAGGUCUAUGUUCGCCCCAGCCAGGAAAAAUUCAAAGCAAAACAUAAAAUCCUCGAGGUCAUUCGUUGCUCGCAGCCUGCAACUGCAUGUCUCAACAGACAACUUAUCAUAGUCCUUUCGUCACUUGGAGCAUCAGACCAUGUGUUUAGAGUUAAACUAAAGGAUACGCUACAGAAAUACGCAGAUGCCAUGAUUAGGCCCGCAGCUGCACGAUACCUGCUCUGCAGAGCCAUCGAUGCAAAUCAAUUCACUUUGGAGCUUGCGUCCAUGGUCCGUGAUGGUUUCAUGGAGACCCGAGAACCUUUCGUGGUUUCUCUUCUGAGCCUGUGGCGGUCUUGGUCGAUUAAAUAUCUUAAGGAAAAGGCAAGGAUAAUGGUUGAGAAUGGGGCGUUUGUCCUUGGCGUGGUUGACGAGACUGGGAUUCUUGAGGGACAUUAUGAUGAUGAGGACGAGGACGACAAGGGCGAUAAGGUUGAUGGCAAGAAUCGCGAAAAGAGAAAGGAAAAAAAAAAACCUACUAUGCCAGAGAUAUUUCUACAAAUCAGCGAUCCGGAGAAUCCAGGUCAAUUCAGGGUGAUAGAAGGUUUAUGUCUCGUUGCACGUAAUCCUUCUCUUCACCCUGGAGAUAUUCGGACUGUACGCGCUGUUAAUAUUCCAGAAUUGCGGCACCUUCGCAACGUUGUCGUAUUUCCUAGCAAAGGGGAUCGUGACCUUGCGAGCAUGUUAUCUGGCGGAGACUUGGAUGGAGAUGACUAUAUCGUUAUCUGGGAUAAGGAUUUGACUAAUGGGGUCACCAACUAUCCACCAAUGGACUAUUUACCAAUGGAGCCAAUUGAAUUACCUCGUGAUGUUGAGGUGAGCGAUAUCACGAAAUUCUUUGUCAAUUAUAUGAAAAACGAUAAGCUUGGGGCUAUCGCGAAUUCCCAUCUUGCCUGGGCAGACUACCUUGAAGAGGGAGUAAAGUCCGAUCACUGCCUAACUCUUGCCGCCCUGCACUCCGACGCUGUGGAUUACGUCAAGACGGGGGUACCGGCCGACAUGCCCCGCAGUCUGAGGAUCAGAAAGUAUCCUCACUUCAUGGAGAAAGAGAAGGAUAAGAGCUAUACUUCUUACAAAAUUCUUGGACAGUUGUAUGAUAUGGUGGAGAAGAUAGACUUUGUGCCUUCUUACGAGCUUCAAUUCGAUGAGCGUAUAUUGAACGCUUAUACUCCUGGCGAAGAGAUUCUCGAGGCAGCAAGGGAGUUGAAGAGAGAUUACGAUGCGGCAAUGCAUAGCAUCAUGGCCCAACACGAAAUCCACACAGAGUUCGAGGUCUAUUCGACCUUUGUUAUGCACCAUUCGCAGGCUGCGGGGGACUACAAGUUUCAUGAAGAGAUUGGGAAUAUUCGCAGUGGCUUGAAGGAAAUCUGGCAAAAGGCUGUUAUACACAGGGUUGGUAGUAGCGACGAAUUGAAGCUCGGGCCAUUCGUCGUGGCUAUGUAUACAGUGGCCAAGCAGGAAUUGGAUGCGGGAUUGGAUGAUUUAAAAGCAAAAAAAGCCAAAGGAAAGAGACGCGAACGCUAUGUUGAAGGAGAGCCCCUGAAAUUUACUCCAGAAGAUGUGAAAGCGAUGCCACUCAUCUCUUUUCCAUGGUUGUUUGGGGAAAUUCUAGGCAAAAUUGCUAAUCGUGAACACCCUUUCAACACCGAAAGCUUGGGCCAAAACGAAUAUCACCAUGUCUCAGAGGUUGGACGUUACACACAGGUGAUCCCCAAUCGCCAUAAUACAGCUGCAGACGAUUUUGCUGGUUUUGAAACUAUACCAGCAGAAGAGAGUUCAGACGACAGCAGCUCCUACAAAUACUUCGACUACAGUGAACGAUCCGACGAAGACGAAAUCGUUGGAUACGAUACCGAUACCAAAGAGCAUAACAGCCACACCCCCGAUAGCGAUGGGAGUGGUUCUUCCGGUAUACCCCAAAUGAUCAAUGAUAUCCAUAGAACCGACGGCAACAUCAGUAGUGAGGCUUUGGAUAAAAUCUCACUCGAUGGGUUGUCUUUCUGA